GGAGAAAGGUUUCACCGCCCGAUCGUGGCCUUGGACGCUCCAGAUCGCGCCUUCAUCCUACUCUUAUCCACCUGAAGCCCACUCCUCCAUGGCUUCUCUUCUCCGAGCAGCGCCAUCCCUCCCUCUGUCCAUCCCGACCGCUGCCUCCAUCGAGGAGGUAGGAGUCUAGGAGAUCAGCGAGCUGCUAGGCCGACAGCUUGCGGCGGGCCAUCACAGAAGCUACGCCGUACGCGGCGGCGGCUAGCCCCAGCUUAAUAGAUUAGUUCUGCCAUGGCGAGGCUUCCCGGUCUGCGUUGCUGUGACCUUGCCGCGCGCGGCUCCCUCCCUCCUCUCGGCCUUGCCUGCCGCCCUCGCAGGUCGCCCCGCGCCUCGGCUCUACGCUACUCGUCUCUCCAAGCUGGUGACAGUCUCGGGAAGGAUGUCUUGCGCAUGUUCCUUGAGGAUAGGCAGACGAAUGGGGACCUGGUCUCCAAAGUCGCUGACAUGGUUUUGAGGAGAAACGACACAGGUCUUGAUGUGUUAGAGGCUACCACAGAUCAAGAAAAUGCUGCAGAUGUUGGGCAACCUGAAGAUUUCAGGGAUGAUGUUAUGAGUGAGGGAGUCGUGGGAUUUGAGGCAAUUGGAGAUUUUGUGUCCGCUGAGGGCAGCCUUACUGCGAGAAGGAGGCUUUCUGCUCUGGCUGGGCAGAAAGAGAGUGAUAAAAGGAAGGAAUUCAACCUUCUGAGAUAUGAAGCAAUUAAGGACGAACUGUUGCUCUUGACCAUAGGAAUUGGAGCCGCUUGCACUAUAUAUUGUGUCCUAGUCUUCUCUGUGGAGGCUGGUAUCAGUUAUGCUUUUGGAGUUGCUUUCAGCUGGUUGUAUCUUCAACUUCUGUAUCGACACGCAGAUAACCUGUCAAAGGAAGAUGUUCCUGAAGUUUUUCUAAAGAAGAAAGUGAAGAAAAUCGGCAUUCGAAGCGAGGAUUUGAAGGAUACAAUAGAGAAGACAUUGGGUGGCUCUCUAUUUGUUCUUUCAUCCCCAAGGCUUAUAAUUCCUGCAGUGAUUUUUGGGUUGUCAACUUUUUCUAGUCAUUUUCAAAAUAGCAUUUUUAACUUUGAGCUUGUUCCAGGGAUGAUGGGGUUCUUUGCGUACAAGGCCGCAGCUUUGGUACAAGUCUACAGAGAUAACGAUGAUCUUAGAUUGAUACUCCCCGAGGACGAUCCUGACUACACCUGAAAAGUUUUGAGGAUGAGAGUUUUUUCACCUAGUUUUCCUUUAUAAAGCAAAGGGCACAUUGAUGUAUAGUUUAUGUUAUAGUUUGAAAUAAAUCCCGCUGAUCUUUUGUGUGCAUGAUAAAAAAUAAUGCAAUGACAGAAGGGAUGGUAAAGAGCUGGAAAGACUGGAAUAUUACCGCUA